CAUAAUAAUUUGAAGCUACGUUGAAUCAAGAACGUGUAUUCAGGAUAAUUUUUCAGGGGAAAAAGACGCUGUUGCCUGAAUAGAAGAGACAUAAAUAAAGCAGUCGCUUUAUUAAAAAUAAGAUUAAAUUUUUGGACCUAUCAGAGAUAUAGAAUGAUUGAUCAUCUAUGUAAAAUAUGUCUUUUUUUGCUGGUUUCACGUGGUCAUGCUUACGAUUUUUUCACUGGGCUUCUGAAGGAAGCAAACGGUUGUUUUGAAAAUGUCCAUUACGAAGGGUGCAAUACUUCUAUAGCUGAGGCCUACACGGCAAAAACGGAACAAAUAGGAGACAAUCCGCCAGAGACGAUAUUUGUUCUUUUCACGCCAAAAAACUCCGAAAAAGCUGAACCAUUGCACAAAUGUGGUGGCGAAUUGCCUGAUGACAGUGAUUUUGAUCCAGAAGCCGAUACAGUUCUUGUUGCGCAUGGUUGGUUGGAUGGGAUCUGUAGAACAGCUUGGCAGAGAGAAAUAAAAACGCAACUUUUUAUAAGAGGAAAGUACAAUGUUGUUCUCGUCGACUGGACAUGGGGCAACACACCAGAUCUAGCAGCAGCGGCUCAGAACUCUCUCGUCGCAGGCGAACAAGCAGCUUUUGUUAUUCAAAAUAUCAUGAAUAGAACUGGUAUAAAAGGAGACAAGUUUCAUCUCAUUGGCCACAGUUACGGUUCGUAUUUAGUGGGUAUGGCAGCAAAAGUCAUCAGAGAUCAAAAUGAAGAAAACAUAGUUCGAAGGUUGACUUUUCUAGAUCCAGGAGCGGUUCCUGCCUCCAAAGAAGAUAUUAAUAAUGGAAAACUAUCAUAUAAAAAUGCCAAAUUUGUGGACGUUAUUCAUACCGGCGGAGGAGAAUGUUUUCCUGUUCUUAAUUUAGGAAUAAUUAACCCUAUUGGUCAUGUGGACUUUUAUCCCAAUGGUGGAAGAAUUCAACCAGCUUGUUUAGAAUAUGGUAUUUCCACACUUUUAAGAUUAGAUGUGUAUUACGCCAAGAGACACAAAACCAUACAGCAAAUUGUUUGA